AUUGAGGCGGUGUACUCCGGAGAAACGCGGCUGGCGGUAGACAGGCUGUUGUCUUUCGGCUGAAGUGUAGUCAUGUUUCUCCAGUAUUACCUCAACGAGCAGGGCGAUCGCGUCUAUACACUGAAGAAAUUUGAUCCUAUGGGACAGCAGACCUGCUCUGCCCAUCCUGCUCGGUUCUCCCCAGACGACAAGUACUCGAGACACCGAAUCACUAUCAAGAAACGUUUCAAGGUUCUCAUGACCCAGCAACCGCGCCCUGUCCUCUGAGGGUUCGCUGAUCUCUUGUGCUGCCCGGCCCCAGGCCGAUUAACAGUAACCAAACGUGACAGUUCGUGAGCGGUGAAGUCUUGCCAUGCUGUUUGGGACUCUAUCUCACUACGUGGUUGAGUCUGUAGUGAUGGGCAUCGCCAGUAAAAGGAACAAUUUUAACCUUUUUUUUUUCUUUCAUGUUUUGACUUACUGCCAGGUUAUUAAAGAUACAAUGACUUGAAAGUUCAUUUUGUGUGU